AUGGCAUCUCAAACAGCAUCUACGACGUCAUCGAUCCAGGCCAAGUACAUACGGCCUUUUGCCGGAAAGGGUCUUCACACGCUCAACAGUGUUCCAGAAAACAGGCCCUCAUCACCAACCCAGCCCAGGACUCAGGAUUCACAACCAACUGCCAUAUUUAAGGAACCGGCGCCACAAGGCGGAUCGUUUACAUGGACCUCCCAGGAUCACAGACCAGCUGAUACUCCUGGAGCUGGGACGCCGACCCAGUCUGAACCUCGAGCUUCAGCCUUCAAUGCGGCCGUUUCACGGCGCGCUUUCAAGAACCUAUCUGACACCGUUAGUGGUCAUGACCAACGGCUUGACCGGCUGGAGACAGUUUCUUUUACAGUCGCAGGACAUGAAGAUUGCCAAGAAAAGCAUGAUCAUGUUGAUAUUCGGAUGACUGAUUUAGAAACUCGGGUCGAAGAGGUGGAAAAGAUUGUCAACGAUAACAACAGUAAUGCAUCUCGGCGUGGCGAUGAUGCCAGUGUAUUAUCGGUCUCCACCAGUAUCACAAGCCGCCCAAGCCACUCGCAAGAGCUUUGGAGCCAGGUCCAAUCUCUUCAAGCACAGGUGGUUCAACUACAGUCGCUAAUGCCAUCUCCUACUCAUCCAUUCGAGAUCGAAGUAGUCUUUCUGCCAUUUCCCCUUAAGAAGGUGUGGCAGGAGGCUCAGCAAUUCAAGAACGAGCCACAAAUUUCCAACGAGGACUGGACGCAAUUACCUAUGACACACAGUGCAGCCACCAUGCGCUCUGAAAUGUCUCUAUAUCCUGACUGGAUAACGUCGGACCAAGAAACCAAAUGGCUAUUGCCCAAAGCUUGUCCUGAUAAGGGUAUCGUCGAUCGACGGCUGCGCAGCCGUGGUUUGAUCAAGACGAUAUCAGUCAAGGGCUCAGAUGCUCGCAGCGUCACCAUGGCCAUGAAUGGGGCUUUUGGGCAUCUAUUUCGUGAGAUGAACAUCUUCUCUCGCCCGCAGACUACUGACCCGCGCUCAUCCACAUACCUAGGACUUCAGUCCACGUGGGUCCCUCUGCGCAAGAUCCAUAAAGAUUCACGACUACGUUUUCUCAGCCCUGCUGAGAUGAUGACACCUGCAGUAUGGGACGUUCAGUUUCUGAGCCAAGUCAUGAUGCGAGCUUCUGAACCUAGGUUGUUCAUCACUCACCCUGACGCCUAUCUACAAGACUUUCAAGCAUACGAGAUGGGCUGGACUUGGCAAAUGCUGAGAGAGAUGAGCCCAGUCGUCCCUAACCCAUCAGACUCGUUGGAUGAUAGCAAGGUUUUCGAAGAGUGUUGGGCUUGGGCCGAACAACUUGAUGAACCACCCACCGCUGACAUCUCCAUGAACAUGCGCAAUGACAAGGCCCGAGUUUCAAACUCGCCAUCACAGACAUUCUAUCCGGCUCUCUCAAGGAUGAAAUCUUCCAGCCCGUCUCUAGUGCGAGCCCAGUCGCCCCGGCUUAGUAGCCGACGAGGUUCCCAUCCACCUCACAUCCGAACAUCUUCAACGCCCAUGGCUGCUCCGAUUCAACCUUCGCCUGCUCUCAGCAGACGCCGUGUUUCGUCCUACGGGCAAAGUCGUCGUCAAUCCCCCGCCUUGCUUGUCAACUCCCAGUCAGCAAUCAUGAAGAGCCGUCGUACAAGGUCUCCGAGCCAUCGCUUUACACCAAGAUGGACUGCAUCGCCGAGUCCUAUGCCCAUGGGCCUCAGCGAUCGCCAACAAGCACGCGGAACUACACCGUUCGCAUACGCUACGCCGUUCAGUAACGCUCCUCUUCAAGAACGGCCUCUGCGUUCUGGAAGUGUGGCGCCCGCCGCCGCCCAAGACGAAUUCGAUGAUGACUCGGAUUUCAACAUCGAUAUUUACGAGAGUGGCUCUGACGAUAUGGAAGAUAACGAGAGUGUGGACGGUAUGGAAGUAAUUACACAUGAACAGGCCUUACCAGGCCGACGAUCACAAGGCUGGCAACUCCCUGAAGAUGAGCCAUGGCCCGGAAUCGAGGACCAACGUGCUGCCGAGGACAACGAAAAUGUCGACCCUCACCACAGUGAUCCUGCCAGUAACGUCAGCAGCCAACCUUCCGAGUAUCCCAGUCACCAGAAUGUUUGGCCCAACAACAACUCGGCCGAAUUUCACAUUCACGAAGAUGAUGACAACAAUAACAACAGGUCAUGA